CGAUAACAGUGACCCUGCAAAACGGCGUGGUGCAUGUUGUUUAGCAUGGAUUUUCAGAGUGCAAUGGAAACCUUCGCUGAAGCUUGGGUCGCCGCCAGCACUGGAGAACAGACGCAAGCUCUUGCCCUGACUCGUUCAAAGUCUCCCAAAAAAGACUCCUCAAUGCCAGUAUCUCCGUCGCACACUACCGAACGUGACACCGAAAUGUCCAGCCCGAAGGCCAUAUCCGGCACAGCAGCCUCGUCCUCGAGCAGCAGCAAUAGCAGCACAGCCGAACCACCAUCAACCGAUCGUUCCCAACCGAACGAUGUGAACGGUUCAUCGAACCAUCACCAUCUGCCCGCUCCCAGCAAUGGCCCUUCGGGAUCAUCUUCCAGCCAAGCCAAUACAGGCUCGGGACAGUCACGUUCGGACCUCGCAACGAACCUUCACCCUACCAUCAGUGUGUCACAAUCCCUGCUGGCAGCCGCCGCCACCGUUAAUCGCUCCGUAACGCCACGCAUCAGCGUAUCCAACUCGCUAACGGCACCGGAAAACAACGGACCGGGACCGAACGGGCAGGCAGGCAGCAAUCCCGUCAAUGGGCCACACAUCGAUCGGACCAUACUACAGUCACCGGUAGCGGCCGUUGCAGCGGCCGCUGCAGCCAUGCAGGAUCGGAAGCAGGAUUUUGACUUCAGCAAAGUUAACGCUAAAUCCUUACCGCUUCAUUGCGUCGUUGAGUCCGUCAGUUCGUUGCAAGCGACCCUCAACUUUGACACCCGCAGCCCCUGGAAACGACGGCCAAACAUCGAAACGGACAGCUACGUCAUCAUACCGGCUGCGACACCAUUUUGUGAUAUUGUUACGACCGCGCUACAGCGGCUCGGCUAUUCUACAGAGAUCUCCAAUGCAGCUAGAGGUUCCAUAUCGAUCAAGAACUGGAAGUCCCUGUCACUCGAUGCCAUCUCGGACAAUCCGCUCGUCUCGGUGAGCGACAUCCUCGGCGAGCUGACCUCGGUCGUAACGCUGAAGAUUACGAUCCUGCGCAACAAACCGUCCCAGCUGGCCGAAAUUAAGGAUAAACUGUUGAAGCUGCUCAUACUCCAGUCGCACACGCUGCUCCGAUCGACUGGUUGCCCCUUGGAUGAGAUAACGCUAUCGCAAAUAUGUCGCAGCCCACUGCAGACCACGUUCCCCUUCACGCCCGAAAUACCCGAGGAGACGCGACGUAACUUUGACCAGUGGUGGAACAACCAGCUGGCACCGCAACCGAACCCGAUCGCUCACAAAAUACUGCCGUUUGCCAACCCACAGCAGAACGAUCAUCUCGACUUUUCUAGUCAUGGUUUUCCGAGUUUACACGCCGCCAAACGGGAUGCGGCUUUGCUGGUGGGUGAUGGAGGUGCGGUAGCGGCUGCCGCAGCGGCAGCACACCAUGCCAGCCAGCAUCACAAUCUCGUUGUGCAUCCGGCACUGCAGACCGUCCACUCGCAGUACCCCAACCAGAAGACACGCAUGCGAACGAGCUUCGAUCCGGAGAUGGAACUGCCGAAAUUGCAGCGCUGGUUCCAGGAGAAUCCACAUCCCUCCCGCCAGCAGAUUCAAUCGUACGUGGUGCAGCUUAACUCGCUCGAGUCGCGCCGCGGCCGUAAACCGCUCGAUGUGAACAAUGUGGUGUACUGGUUUAAGAAUGCACGGGCCGCCCAAAAGCGCGCCGAGAUGCGGCAGGGGAUGACGAACGGGUUCGGAACACCUAGCAUGAUGCUGUCCCAGGCGGACUAUAUGAAGAGUUCGCCGAGUGCUCCGUCGGAAGAUAUCGACAAUCUGUCGCAGGAUGAAAUGGACGACGAGCUCGAUAGGCCAAUGUCGCCGCAGCUUCCACUGUCGCUCACGAUCCACGAGCGCAACCAUCCACUAACGCCCUCGGAUCAGACACCGAUCAAGCAGGAAAACAAUUCUGGGUCUGCGAGUCCUCCGCCGUCACCUUCGCCCAACCAUGAGCACAGUUCGGGUAAUUCCAACUCGGGCAAUAACCAUGGAGUUAGCGCUAGCGGUAAUAACAAUGGUGCUGGGCUCGGUGCCACGGGGCUCAGUAUGAACAACAAUAACAAUAGUAGCAACACAAACAACAACAACAAUAAUGGCAACAACGAGUCCGCCAACGAUUCCACACUGAACGAUGAGCCGAAAUCGAACUAUUCCAACGAGCGGAGCAGCUCACCGCAAAGGUCAUCCCGCUCGCCCGCCUCCGAGGAUCUCGAUAUGGACGAACCGGACGUUAGUAACAUGGAUGACUAUCGGUCACCUUCACCCGACUCCAAGCGUCAGCUGCCCUUUCCGAUGAACAAUCCCAUGUUGUCGCACUCGAUCAUGUACAUGUCACACUACAUCCCAGCGAUGCAAGGUGCGGCUGGUAUGCAUCUAAAGAGUGACUUCAACCCAGCCGCUCACGGUCCGCUCGGGCAGGGUGGCCUAAACCUUUCGUUCAACAGUGACGAACGGCGGAAGCGUAAUCGCACCUUCAUCGACCCUGUCACCGAGGUGCCGAAGCUGGAGCAGUGGUUCUCGAUGAACACGCACCCAUCGCAUAAUCUCAUCCUGAAGUACACCGAGGAUCUCAACCGUAUGCCUUACCGCCAAAAGUUCCCCCGUCUGGAGAGCAAAAAUGUGCAGUUCUGGUUCAAGAAUCGGCGGGCCAAGUGUAAACGGCUCAAGAUGUCACUGUACGAUCCGGCCCAGCUGGCAAACCUGGGCGAACAGGCACAUCUGGCGGCGCUACACGAUGCACCGCAUCUGUCCGGGCUGCACGAGGCAUCACAGUUGCACCCGUUUCAUCACGGCGAUCGGGAUUAGGUGA